AUGGCGUUACGUAUACCGCAAACCAAAAUGACUACAAUACGACAACAGCGUCGUUCCGAUCAAUAUCUGCGUUCAACAUCCAAUUCCAACGGAACGAAAACUGCUGAAAACUCCAUAGUUGAUAGUCCACCACCAGUCCCUCCUCCACCGCCGCCUCCACCACCUUUACCACCCUCUUCAACUUCAACUUCAACUUCAACGUUAACAUCGUUAACAAACCGAAAAAGUUCGCCACACCGAAUAACAAUCGAUGAUCUUCAUCAAUCUCCACUUCUUCAAAGUUUAUCGUCAUCCAAUAGUGACUAUUAUCGUCCGUUACCAUCGUUGAGUUCAUCAUCACCAAUAUCAAAAUUACUUUCAGCACGUCGAGAAUCGGAAUUGAACAAAGAUCAACAACAAACAGCACCACGCAUCAGAGAAAUAAGUUCAAAUGUUGGUUUUGUUUCAUUACCCGAUCAAGUUCAUCGACGAGCAGUGAAAAAAGGUUUUGAAUUUAAUUUAAUGGUUGUUGGCCAAUCUGGAUUAGGAAAAUCGACAUUUAUUAAUACUCUAUUUCAAACGGAACUUUAUGGGCAAGAUUUUCCAUCGACUGUUCAUCGAAAAAAGAAAACGGUUACAAUUGAUUCGUCGUCAAUUAUUUUAAAAGAAAAAGGUGUUCAGUUACGUUUAACUAUUGUCGACACACCUGGUUUCGGAGAUUCAGUGGAUAAUUCAAAUUGUUGGCAACCAAUUAUUGAUUAUAUCGAUUCUAAAUACGAAGAAUAUCUCAAUGCAGAAUCACGCGUUGUACGCAAAGCACAUAUUAUUGAUAAUCGAAUUCAUGCUUGCCUUUAUUUUAUCACACCAUCUGGUCACAGUCUUCAAUCAUUGGAUAUUGAAUUUAUGAAACGUCUUCAUGAUCGUGUCAAUAUUAUUCCUGUUAUUGCUAAAGCUGAUACAUUAACAUCCGAUGAGUUGCGUUUAUUCAAAAAAUCCAUUAUGCAAGAUAUAACAAAUGAGAAAAUCAAACUUUACGAAUUUCCAGAUCAUAAUGAUGAAAAUAAACUCAAUAAAACUUAUAAAGACAAAGUUCCUUUUGCUAUUGUUGGAAGCAAUUUUGUUUUAGAACGUGGAACUAAACGUUCAAGAGUUCGACAGUAUGCUUGGGGAACUGUUGAUGUUGAAGAUGAAGCCCAUAGUGAUUUUAUUGCCUUACGAAGUAUGAUAAUCAAAACAAAUCUGAAUGACCUACGAGAUGUAACACAUAAUAAUCAUUAUGAAAAUUAUCGUUAUAAAAAGUUAAGCUCAUUCAAUGCGAAUGAAACGAAAAAUGGAAAACUUUUACAGGCACCAUCAAUUAAUAAGAAUUUAUUAUCUCAACUCGAAGAUGAAAGAAUGGAAACCGAAGCAAGAUUGGAUAAAAUGUCGAGAGAUAUGGAAAAUGUUUAUCAAACGAAAGUCGAAGAGAAAUUACAAAGACUAGAAGAAAAUAAACAAAAUCUUUUAAAAACACAAGAAACAUUUCAAGUCAAUAUUCAACAAGAAGAACAAAGAAUCGAGCAAAAGCGUCAGGAAUUCGAACGAAAUCGACGACAAUGGGAGGAAAAUUUUAACAAAUCAGGAUUUUACGACCAAAACUCUUCUCAUUCGUGA